AAGCAAUUCAUAAAAGAAAGCGAACCAUGUUGCUCCUUCCUUUCCAUUUGCUGCUGUAGACUUUUCCUCCUACUUCUUGUUCUUGUUCUUCAACUUUUCAGCAUCAAAUUUUUUUUUUUUUUUUUUUGGGAAAUAUUUUGGUCCACACCAAUUUGCUUUUUGCGGCAGACCUAGAAUUAUUGAACCCGCGGUUUUACCAUUUUCACACCAUCUUUAAGCAUCUGGUUGGUUGAUUCUUGUUCCCACGUUGGAGAAGUGAAUCGGGCAAGCCGUGUUUUUUCAAACACAGAAGAUGUCACUGCGUAAGAAUACCUAAUGAAAGGAAUCAAGUCCUCAGGUUUGCACGUGUUCAAUCUAUGAAUCAACUAUACCAUCUUAUGCCAAAAUGAUCCAUAAGUCGAUUUUUUUUUAUCUGGGUCUUAUCAUGGAGGAAGGGAAGUGUUAAUCUAGACAUCUCAAGAACUGACGGGGAAGGUGCAUGGUUUUGUCCGUUUUUGGUUCAAUAUGGAAGCUCCUGUGAGGCAGCAAAGCUUUAACCGUAAGAAGAUGACGAAACAGUUGACCAGCAAACGCGACGACACUCCCUUGCAUCUGGCGGCAAGGUCAGGAAAUCUGGAACUGGUUGUGGAAAUCAUCUCUCAAAAGGAGGAUACAGAGUUGAAGGAAUUAUUGUGCAAGCAGAAUCAUGCGGGUGAAACUGCGCUAUACGUCGCUGUUGAAUCUGGUUGUGCUGAUUUAGUGAAGGCCUUGAUGGAGUACUAUGACAGUGGCAUGGCUGCUAUCAAAGCUAAAAAUGGCUAUGAUGCGUUCCACAUUGCUUCCAAGCAAGGGAAUUUGGAGGUUUUGAAGGUUCUGAUGGAAGCUAUUCCAGAGCUUUCAAUGACUGUCGAUCUAUCAAACACCACUGUGUUGCAUACUGCUGCAGCACAAGGUCAUAUUGAAGUGGUAAAUUUCCUUCUGGAGAAUGUUUGCAGCCUGGCCACCAUUGCAAGAAACAACGGGAAAACCGCCUUGCAUUCUGCAGCAAGAAAUGGGCAUUUGAUGGUUGUCAAAGCCCUUCUUAGCAAAGAACCUGGAAUUGCAGUAAGAAAUGAUAGGAAAGGGCAGACAGCUCUUCAUAUGGGGGUUAAAGGACAAAAUGUUGACCUGGUGGAUGAAAUUUUGGGUUCAGAUCCAUCUUUGAUAAACAUGGUUGAUAACAAGGGCAACACCGUGUUGCACAUGGCUAGCCGAAAGGGUCGAACUCAGAUUGUAGAGAAGCUCUUAAAGUACCCGGGAUUGGAUGCAGUUACCAUUAACAAAUCUGGAGAAACUGCUUUUGACAGUGCUGAGAAAACCGGAAACUUGGAGAUUGCUGCAAUUCUAGCAUCACAUGGAGUUCAAAGUGCUAAAUCCAUCAAAUCACCGGUUACAAACAGGAACCAAGAAAUAAAAGAAACGGUCAUUGAUAUAAAACAUAAGGUGCAUAACCAGCUUGAGCACACACAUCAAACAAGGAAGCAUAUGAGAGGCAUAGCAAAGAGGCUCAACAAAUUGCACUCUGAGGGGCUCAACAAUGCAAUCAACUCCACCACAGUUGUCGCGGUCCUCAUUGCUACUGUGGCCUAUGCUGCCAUCUUCACUGUUCCAGGCCAAUUUCCUGAUGACCCCCGUCACCUUCCUAGUCCCAGCUACUCUCCUGGAGAAGCAAACAUUGCUCCACAAACCGACUUUAUUAUUUUUAUCAUCUUUGACUCUUUCGCACUCUUCAUAUCAUUGGCAGUUGUAAUUGUUCAAACUUCUGUAGUUGUCAUAGAGAGAAAGGCAAAAAAGCAGUUGAUGGCAGUUAUAAACAAGCUAAUGUGGUUGGCCUGUGUGCUGAUUUCAAUAGCAUUUCUCUCACUGUCAUACACCGUUGUGGGAGAUGAUAAUAGGUGGUUGGCUAUCCUAGUCACAGGUAUUGGAACAUUGAUUAUGGCAACAACAUUGGGGACUAUGUUUUACUGGGUGGUUUUGAACCGGAUUAAUGCUUCCAAAAUACGUAGCAGGAGAUCAUCGAUGAGCAACAGUGUGUCACGGUCAUGGUCUAUGUCAAUGAUGGAUUCAGAAAUACUGAGCAAUGACUACAGAACAGUCUAUGCAAUUUGAGAUCUGAAUUGCCACAUUCUUUUCUGCGCCCUUGACUGGCUCUUCCGUGGUGUAUAUAGAAGUAUGUAAAACAUAAUUCUCUCAGCCAUUUGCUUCUCAUUUAAUGGCCAACUUAUGUUUCUUAAAGGAUGACCUUGUAGAGAAUGUAGUUUUUCCAUUACCCAGUGGGGGUUUUUUUGAGUAUUGACUGAUUUUACCAUAUGAUCAUAUUCACUAGAUUUACUUUUUUAGCCGA